AUGUCGCUCGGACAACAUCAGCUCGAGGCUGAUACCGGGUCGCCCAUGCGGCCCGGGUCGUCCUGGACCGCCAACUCAUUCUUUGCCGACUCCGCUAUCAGCGUGAGGACGAGAACUCCGGGGCCACUCGAGAAGGAGACGAACCCCUUCGACACGUACGCAGCGACCGAACAGCCUGGCCUUGCAGACCGUCUCGAAGGACUCGUUGCUGAGAUAUGGGCCUCCGAACAGGACUGCGCCAUCCGCGGAAACAAGAGGAGGAGGCUUGAAAGAGCCAUGGACGAGAUUGAGGCCGCUCUGGAGGACGAAGAGUCAUAUUUGGAGCCCAAUCGAAGCGAUCCUGGUACAACCGAUCCUGAAACAGCCGAACCUGAACAAUCGCCGACAACUCCCGCGAUGCCCACCGCCAGUGAUGAAGAGCUUGAGCGAAUUCGAACUAACUUGGCGUCCACAGUGGAGGCGAUGCGUUUAAGGCAACAAGAGCAACGACAUUUGCACCAGUUGGCGAUCGAAAAGCUCGAGGCGGUGGCGCAGCGAUGUUUACAGCAAGAGAGGGCCUUGCGCGAAUUUUCGGAGGAGAUCGCAUACCUGAGGGAACAAAAUCGGCAUCUGGACCAGGAACUUGAGACGGCCACUAAUCGACUCAACCAAAGUCAAUUGGAAUCUGCCCGGAAAGACCUAGCAAUCAAUGCGAUGUCGAGUGCGGUCGCCGGUUUGGAAGGCUGGAUUAACAAUUCUUCAACGCCAAAUCGCACACCACGAAGAAUUGUGACAAGGGGCCGGGGAAGAUUUCGUGGUCGAUACUAUGCCGAGGAACAAAUGGAUGUACCGGCAUGGUCUGGCGGUUCGGAUGCGAGGUUGCACGAUGGCGUCACGGCCUGGGUUCGCGGAUUCAGAGAUGUCGAGGAAGAACUGAAAUCUUCGCAAGGCAACUUGAAGGCUCGUCUAGAGGAGGGAAAAAUCCGUCUGGAUGACGGAGGGGAUGAUUGGGGCGAGUUCGAGAGUGCCUCUGGAGUAUGA